UGCCUAAAAUUGAAAGUUUGCAACGGUCUGAUUCAUAUCAGAUUGCAACAGAUCAAAUUGAACAAAAAUCAGAGUGGAGUGGAGCGAAGUGAGAGAAGAGCUCGGUUUGUGGCCAGAAACUGAUUAAUGGCUGUCAGAAUCACCACCACCGCCACCUCUUUCUUCACCGUCACCGCUCCCUCCUCCUCUCCAUUCCCUUCCAAACCUCUCCCUCUUCUCACCUCUUUUCCCUCUCAUCCCCACAGUUCCUACAGUUCCCCGGCGACGAAAACCACCUCCCUCUCCGCUCUCUCUUCACCAUCUUCACAAAUGUCCGACGACGGCGGCCGCCGCAAAUUCAUGGACUUCCCCUUCGCCGCCGGUCCCAUCAGAGACGCCAUGGUUGAUCUCGUCUCCACCGUCGAGAAUCGCCUCGCCUCUCACCUCCUCCCUCCAGCUCUCCCACCGGACGUCCAGUACUGCCGCAACGAUCCCGGCACCGCACAUGCCUCCCUCCACAUCCGCUCCGGCUACAAUUCCUCCCCGGUGGAUUUCAUACUUGGGAGCUGGCUUCACUGCAAGCUACCCACAGGCAAUGGAUCGCUCAACAUAACGAGCCUCUCAGCGUACCUAAACACGUCCACCGACGCGCCCAAUUUGUUGAUCGAGCUGAUUCAGAGCAGCCCGGAUUCGCUGAUUUUCAUCCUCGAUUUGCCGCCUCGAAAAGAUCCUGUUUUUCAUCCCGACUACCUUCAAGAAUUCUACGAGGAGACGAAGUUGGACACCCAGAGGCAAGUUCUGGAGAAGCUCCCUGAAGUUCGUCCUUACUUCUCCUCGUCGCUCUACCUUCGGAGCAUCCUCUCCCCCACCGCGAUCAUCGUCAGGAUCGACGGCGGCGGCCGGCCUGGUCGGGUGGAGGAGAUUGUGAAGGAGUGUGUGCAUCCGGUGGCGAAGGAAGUCGUGGGUAUCUGGUUGGAGAAAUGUGCAAUGGAGAAGAGGGGAUUGGGGGAGGAGGAAUUGGCGUGUUUGAAGAAGAGGGAUGGUUUGAUCAAGAGCAAAACGAUCGAGAUUGAUCUGGGUUCGAACUUUCCCAGGCUGUUUGGGCCAGAGGUUUCAGAGAGAUUGCUUGGAGCUGUAAGAAUGUAUUACAAUGUCUGAGAAAGUGAAAAGCUUUUCGUGUGAAAUAGAAUAAUGGAAAUAAAGUUGGAACUCUUUUGAUGGCAUGUAAAUCGAAUUGCAUUGGGCGAUUUGAGGGUAGAGUUCUCUGUUCUAUCUGGGUUCGUAAACUAAUCAAACAAGCACCAAGAAAGGACAAAUUUAACA